UAAAACAGCAACGGUUUUGUUAGCACCGUUUGUUUCCAUUUCUGUACCACUUUAUGUCGAGUUUGUGACUUUGCAAACCGCUUUACUUUUCCGAAUCAGUUAUGGCAAUGGCAAAUAAUCCACCAAUUAGAGAAGAAGCUGCAAGUGUUUUACCUCAGGAGGGCCGUUAUGUCAGACUGCCAAUGGAUCAAGCCCGUUUCGUCAGUAUGCUGCGUGUGCUGCGUGACACUCCCAGCUGUGAGAGCCUGUGUGAUGUCGUUGUUAAAGGUCAAGAAGAGGAUUCCGUUGGGAUUCCCUGCCAUCGUCUGGUCCUCAGUGCUCACAGCACGUACUUCCUCAACAUUUUUACCAUCGGUCUGAGAGAGUGCCAAGAAAAGGAAGUUCGACUGAAGGAGGUGCCCAGUGAAGUUCUUAAGACCUUGAUCGAGUUUUGUUAUUCUUCGGACAUUAUUAUCAGCGAUGAGAAUGUGCACGCUCUUCUUGUCGCUGCACAUUUUCUCGAUUUUCGUCCAGUUACUAAUGUAUGCUGGGAAUACAUGGAGAAAAACUUGGAUCCAUCCAACUGCUUGAUGACCUUUUGCUGCCCUCUUACAGCGGCGCACCGACCACGCCUGACGGAAAACGCAAAGACCAUGGUUCUGAAGAAAUUUCCAGUAAUUUCACAAAGCUCCGAGUUUCUGAACGUGAAUAAAGACCAGUUGAUCGAGCUGUUACGUAUGGAUGGUCUCUGCGCUGAAAAUGAAGACGAAGUUCUGGGUGCUGUAAUACGCUGGCGGAAACACGACACAGACCAACGAUGGCCGCACAUUCGUGAAAUUUUGCGGUACGUACGUCCACGAUUCCUCAGCUCAUCGUUUGGUCAGCAGUAUUUGUGCCUGAAUUUGUUCGAUAAUGCCCCGGAAGAUGGAUCAACCGCCAAUGAAGAAACGUUAUUUAAACUGGAAGAUAUAGUACAUCUACUAGAAUCUUCAACAGUGGGUGAUGAGUCGCAGCGUCGUCCACGCAAGCGUUACGGUUGCAACCAAAUCAUUGUUUGCGCCGGUGGGGAAGUUGUAGGAAUUACGCCGCUUGACGGCGUGCACUAUUUCGACCCGGUCAGCUCGACGUGGACGAAAAAGAAAAGUCUCCCAUAUCCUGUAUUUGGCGCCGGUCUGGUGAAUGUGGACGAUGAGCACUUAUUUGUGUGCGGCGGAUAUUCAUCAGGCGACAUCCACCGGAACUUCUUGAGACGCGUCCACCGCUAUGACCUCAGCCUCGACGUGUGGAGCGACGUAGCUCCAAUGCAUUACGACCGCAACGGACAUUCAACUAUCAUUCUCAACGAUCACAUCUAUGUGAUUGGUGGAGUUCAAGGCGGCACCCGCACCGUUCUGCAAGCCGUCGAGCGGUAUGAUCCCGCUAUAGAUCGAUGGCACUCUGUAGCCGACCUGCUGGUACCGCUGUAUUGGUUCGCCGCGGUGGCGCACAACGGUGGUCUUUACACUUUCGGAGGCUUGACAGCCAAUGGAAGCGUUGUCAGUACCACAUUCUGCUACGAUCCACAAAAAAAUACGUGGAGUGAGCUGGCUAGCAUGCCCACUCCGCGGUUCUGGUGUACGGCGUGUGUGGGCCCGGAUGGUCUGAUAUAUGUUAUUGGGGGCCGAUCGACCGUGCAGUAUUCAGAACUGAACCACAUUCUAUCCACCGUGGAAGCGUAUGACACAUCGACAAACCAGUGGCUGAGGAAAGGGAGCUUGAACAAACGUCGAUGCUAUGUCGGGAUUGCUUGUGCGAACAACAAAAUGUACGUCCUGGGAGGGUAUAGAGAAGGCGUCGAUUCCAUGGAAGUCUACGAUGACCAUUCUGACCGCUGGACCGUGCACGGAAGCCAUCUACCACAGGGCAUGUACAAUUUUGGAUGUACGGUUGUACGUGUGAAACCGCCCAACUAGUCCUAAGUGGAAACGGCUGCCUUCUUCGAAAUGAUCCUUGAACAUCUUCUCAUAACGCGGUGUAGCGGAAAGUGCAACGCAAAUUUGGUCUUCCAUACUUCUGCUCGGCCAUAAAUUCAUUUCAUAGCACUAAAAAACCACAACUCUUAUGCUUAAAAAAAGGGUCAUACUGGGGAGAAAAGUAUAUCGAAAUUAUAGCAAAUUAGCCGCUCUAAUCGCUUAUAAAUGAAUAAAAUAUAAAGACAAAAUUAAUUAAAAAGUUAGAAUUUAAAACAUUUAGUAAAUAAAAAAAAAUGAUUAGGAAAGGCAAAGGAAUUAUAUUUUGGUCAACAUCUGACAGUAUUCGUGAGAACAGUAGUACGUAUACGACAUUGCUUCACCUUGAUAUAAAGCAUCAAAUGAUUCAGAUCCAUUUCCUCCGCCAAAAUCGAGCAGUUUUUCCGAUUUAGGCAGCAGCAAAAAAUUAGCGUGGGCAGCACGAUGUCCUGCAGGAUGCGCACCGUCAGGUACUCGACGGGGAAACGUGCCAGCUGUUGUAAGAGAUUCGGCGGAUGCCCGGCAUGCACAAUAUUUUGAUACUCCGGACUGAAGAAGGCGAACUGCCCGAUCAGCAGCAAGAUGUCGUGCAAUAAAUGUCAAGUGCAAUAAAUAGAUGUCGUGCAAUAAAUAGGCCCGCUUCUCCAGAAAGGUCAGGCAGUGGUCGAUCAAGAAGGAGCAGAUGUGCCGGAACUGAAUACUCAAGGUUAAAUCCCGAAAUGCCGUCUGCAAGGCAGCCAGUUUACUGCAAAUACACCCAGGUUAAAAAUCAAAGGUUGUGCUUGAAAAACCUUGGCCUAGAAAUCGACACGGAACUUCAAUUUACGCGAUAUCUUAACCGUUCAAACAAAGAAAGAGAGAUGCCCGUUUACAAAUUAAUGGACACGUGGAUGCCUGUUGCCUAACACAGCCCGUCCACUACAACAACACAACAAAGUUAUCGAUGCACCGAACAAUCCUAACAGACAAGGCUGAAUCAAUGGUCCUGCAGAAUUUUUCAGACAUUUCGCGAACCUUCGAGUUUAUGCAAUUCGAUAAAAACCAGGAAAAGACUUUGCCGCUUUCAUUAGCGAUCCGUUUCAGCUGUUUGUUGAUCGAUUUGCUGUGUGAAGACUGUCUGUGCGUUGAAAAGAAGGACGAAGUUCUGGGAACCGUUGUGCGCUGGCUAAAGCACGACCCGGUCCGACCCUGGCCGGACAUUCGCCCGGUUCUGCGGUUUUUGCGUCCGCGCUCCCUUAGCCCAGGGUCACAUGGAAUGGUACAUGACGUUAUUUGAUAAUGCUCCCAAACCAGAGGAACCAGCCGUCAACGGAAGACAGUUAUGGAAAGCGGAAGAUAUAGAACGUUUACUGAAUUCUGCAUUGCUCCUUGAUAAUUCACACAAGUCGUACGGUUCCAAGCAAAUCAUUAUGUGCCUCGGCGGAGAGAUCAAGCGAUUCCAGACUCUGGACUGCGCGCAGUUUUUCGACUCCGUUAGUUCAACGUGGACGCUGACGAAGAGUUUACCAUAUCCUGUAUGUGGCGCCGGCCUGGUAAAUGUGGACGACAAGCACGUAUUUGCGUGUUGCGGAUAGUCAUCAGGCGACAUUCACAGCAACUUCCUGCGACGCGUCCACCGCUAUGAUCUCGAUCGCGACCUGUGGAGCGAAG